UUAUUUCCAACGGUAUUCUAAGUACGUCUGGCUCCUUUUAAUUUCACUUUCACGUGAAUAUAAAGUUCUUGCAAGUACACUCAUGUCAAUAUAAAGUGAUUCCUUUCCUAGUACAUUCACGGGUGAGGGUGAGUAAAUUAAACAUAAAUUAAACACAAAGGCCUCCAUAUAUGUUGAAAGGAUGAAGUAAAUACCACACAAACAUUCAAAACAAGUUGUCUCAAAGGCCUCCAUAUUUGUUGAGUUAUAAUUCUUCUUCUUGGAAGCUUUGGGGUUCUCAGCUGCCAUUUCAUUGGAGAAUUGGGAGAAAAGAAAUUUCAUCGCAUAUCUAUCAACUAAAGAUGACGGAGUGGAAAAACGUCCUUGUGAGAUAUGGAGGAUAUUGGAACGAUGUCUUAUAUUGUGGUGGAGGUGCUACAUUUGCUUAUGUUCAGACAAAUAACAUAAGCAUUUCGGAGUUAAGGCAAAAUAUCAAUUACUACUUGAUGGCAAAUUCACUGAGUACCGUCUACAAUUUAUACUAUCUAUCGAGAUCUCGAAGUGGCAGGAUCAUCCGAUCUCUUUUAAGUACUGAUGACCAACUUUCUCGACUUUGUGCCUUUGAGGUCGAGCCAGAGGUUUAUGUGACACAUGAUGGUGGCACUUCCCAAUCGGAGCAAGAAGUUUAUCGACCUUCGAUCGAGAUACCGUAUGCAUCUACUUAUGAGCACCCUCCUCAGCCCACGUCAUUCGAGGAGCCCAUCUCAAACCACAUGAGAGGUUUUGAUUGGUUUGCUGAUAAUAAUGAUGAUGAAGAGUAUGUUCCAUCAACAGACACUGAUGAUGAAGAAGAUGAGGAUGAUGAAGAAGCAGAGGAGCGUGAGUCUGCUCGAGUUGAUUAUGGCACAUUUGCUGAGCAUAUUGCUUGGAUUCGUCGGGAGGGAGGAAUCGGGCAGCUUAUGUCCAUGAUAAUGCAGACAAACCCGCAAAGGCUUGAAGAAGAGUUGGGACCCGAACAAACUGCAGAAAUGAGCAAUUGGCUAGUUCCGGUGGUUCCGAAGGAUUUUUCAGUGAAUUUAUUUGCAGGUAAACUUGACAACAUACCAGAUCCCGAUGAGUUGAGCGAAGGUUCUAUCUUCGAAAGCAAAGAGGAGCUGAAAUUAGCGGUGGGGUUGUGGCAUUUGGAACGUCGUGCAGAAUUUGUCAUUCCUCGAUCGGACUUGGAUAGGAUUACGUUCAAAUGCAGAUAUCGGACUCAGUGCCCAUUUCUGUUGCGAGCUACUCAACAUGGUGACUUUUGGAUGGUUCGAAAGUUUGGGCCUGCCCACACAUGCACUGACAACCUCGUAAAUAUUGGAGUGAGGAAGGUACCAGCUCGUGUAAUCGCAGCAUAUAUAGCAAAGAAAAUGCGCGAGGAUGGGGACAUAGUGAAGCCGAGGUCCAUUGUUGUUGAUUUGCAGAGAGAGUACGGUGUUCAAACCAGUUAUAGUGUGGAGAUCCGACCCCGUAAUAUGGCAGUGGAGAUGAUAUACGGCGGACACAAAGAAUCUUAUGGAUUGCUGCCAGGCUAUCUGCACAUGUUGCGGAUGUGCAAUCCGGGAUCGGUGACCGACUUGGAAGUUGAUGAGAAUGAUCGGUUGAAGCAUCUCUUCGUAGCACUUGGUUCUUGCAGAGUCGCGUACACUAUGUGCAUGAGGCCAAUAAUUGUUGUUGACGGCACACACUUGAAGGGCCGCAAUAAAGGUGUUUUGUUUGUUGCCGUCACAAAGGACGACAACGAACAAGUGUUUCCAAUGGCUUUUGGGAUUGGUCCGAUCGAGAAUGAUGAAUCGUGGAAGUUGUUUUUCUAUCGAUUGAAGGCGGCUUAUGGUCAGAAUUCUGAGACGUUGAUUGUUUCCGAUGCCCAUAUCAGUAUACAAAAUGCGGUUAAAGAAGUUUAUCCACACGCUGCACACGGCUUGUGCUACUACCAUUUGUUGAAUAAAAUUACUAGGUAUGGCAAGGCAGCCGUUGCUUUCUACCAAAAGGCGGCUUAUGCAUAUCGAGAGAGUGAUUUUGACAAGGCAAUGGCAAGCUUAAAGGCAUUAAACGAAGACGGGGGAGCAUAUACCAAACUUAUGCAGGUUGGUCCUGAGAGAUGGGCUAGAUCUAAGUGUCCUGUUCGUCGCUAUAGUUUUCUGACCUCAAAUGUUGCUGAAUCUUUCAAUUCUCGAUUACUGUGGGCAAGACGUCUGCCUAUAUGCUCUAUGGUUGAGGCGAUUCGUCAUAUCAUAGAAAAAUAGUUUGAUGAAAGACAGGAAGCUGCAAAGACGUUUUCUGCAGAUGUUACACCAGAGGCUCUACGAAAGCUGACUGCUGAAUUGGAGAGGUCGCGGAGAUAUGAGGUGGUUGCCAUGUCUCCAUCUGCUUUCAAAGUAAAAGAUUCAAACAGGUCAUUCAAAGUGAAUGUACAAACGCAGUCAUGUACGUGCUUCGAAUGGGACAUGAACCUGCUACCGUGCUCGCAUGCUGUUGCAGCUAUAAGGCAUUUAGGCGAUGACUUAUCUAAGCAUGUUGGAGACUAUUAUCAAUCAGCAAAGCUACGAGAGGCAUACUCGUAUCGGGUAAACUCUGUCCCGCCACAUGCUUCAUGGAUAGUCCCUGCAGAUGUUGCAAGUAUUUGUGUUUUACCUCCACUAUGGAAGCGACAGUCUGGUCGGCCAAAAGAAACGCGACAUAAGGGACCCACUGAGAAAGAUUCACAAAAGCAGAAGACGACACCAGGCAAUGCGGCAUCCACAAGCAAAUCCACAAGCAAAAGUUGUGUUCCUAAGACGUGUAGUUUGUGUGGAGCGAGAUCGCAUAUACGUCCCAAUUGUCCUUACUUACUGCAAGAUGAAUGAGUGUUUGUUGUAAUUCUACAUUCUAAUGUGUUUGUUGUUAUUCGUGGAUGCAUGUUUUUAUGGUUUGCUAGUAUCUUAAUGGUUUAAUUAAUAAUACCGUCGUACAAUUUUAUAAUACCA